AUGUCGUCUCCUCAGUCAGGUCACUCCCGCACUCGGUCGGAGAGCUCCGACGAGUCCGAUACCAUGCCUUCUCUCCAGUCUUCGACGUCCUCAUCCACGACGCCAGGCUCUUCUCCCAAAGCUCUUAGCUCUCACAGCGCCGACACUGCAACGUCAGACUUGCCGACACCAACGGCGGGAGACGAGCGUGCGGCCAAAGGUGGCAAGGUGUCUGAGGGCACCACUGACGAUCUGGAGACGCUUGUAUCCACGGCGUCGUCAGGCAGCCGAGACUCAACCAGCAUUGAGGAUGUGGAUGUCGUCUACUUGCUCGAGGCGCAUCUGCGUGAGUCUGCGGAGCAGGAGAAGGCGAAGGCGAAGGAAAUCAACGCACACAUUGCGGAAAUCGACGAGCGCAUGACUAGAUUCUCUCUGACCAUUGAGGAGGAUCUGAAGGACAUUCGUCAAACCGCCAAGAACAUUCAGGCCGUUUUCGUCCAACCGAGCGACGACCUCCAGCGGCUGAAGGACGCGACGCUGCGCAUUGUCCUCGGCAACCUGAACAAGCGCUUCGACCUUCUGCAGUCCGUCCCGGUUGCUUCCUGGGCCAAGGUGUCCAAGGACAUGCCACCUUUGACCCAAGCCGCCUGA